AUGGGUGGUUGGAAGCUUGAGACAGGGAGAUUCGCUCUGAUGGUCACGUUUCCUGUUGCUGCGUUUUGGUUUUUCAACCAACCUUCCUUGUUUAAAGUGUUUAUGAAAGGGUACAAGGUUCCUGACAGCAGAGAGGGAGAUGCUGCAAUGGCGCAGUUUAAAGAGCAGCUUCUUGCUCAAAAACGAAAAGAGGAAUAUGAAUCGUUCCUUAGACAGCAGAUGGCUUUCGAGGAAGCUCGACGUCAGCGAGAAAACCAGAGCGGAUGA